CAUUCGCCUUCCGCGUCGGUGUUAUCGAUUCACCGGUGAAUUUCUCUUAUAUUUUCCGAUCAGUUUUCACCUGAAUCUCCAUCUUGUCGCCUCUAUAUUGUCGUGCCGUGAGUCUAACAGACUUGUGUGAGGUAUGGUGGGGAUGAGGUACUGUAUGUGUGGAAUUGAUGUUAUAUGAAUAUAUUUCUUCCCUGAUCACUUGACUCAUGUUUCCUGCCAAUCUCAUAAGUGUCUUAGCCCAUGGUAUGCCUAACCUUCUUGGCCAUAACUUAUCACUCGGGCUGUUGUAUACCCGUAAGUGUUGUCCAACCUUGUGAAAUAUAUUCAUAAUCUUACAAUUUUACUCAUCAGUGUUUAAGCAUCCUGGUGUCUUUAUUAUUUCAGCCUGAUGACAUGUCAUCUCGUUCUCAAACCUACUUGGCAUUUGAGGUGACAUAUUGUCAUCCUUUAGUUGGAUAUCUGGCAUCAUCUCUAGCGUGUUUGUGUAAAAGUCAAAAUGUUAUAUUUCUAACUUUGUAAAUGUCUUGUUUGAAAAGAGUUGAGAUUCAGAUUGGGGUUGGGUUGUCACUAGUUUGGUAUCUCAGAAUUUGGAGUCUUCUUAGAUGUUUGAGACUUCGAUGUUCUGGUGAUUGGCAUGUAAAUGCAUCAUUCUGAAAAUGCAGAUGGAUUGUGAAGCUAAUGAACAUCAACCCAAGCAAGAACGAUUAAGGACGAGGUGGACCGCAACUCUUGAUAAGAUCUUUGCAGACCUUGUAGUUGAGCAGAUUCAAUUGGGUAACAGGCCAAACAAUAUUUUUGACAAGAAAACAUGGAACCACAUACGCAAUGAAUUCAACAGACAGACGGAUCUUAACUUCAACAACAACCAAUUGAGGAAGCACUUGGAUGUUCUGCGUAUGCGAUACUAUAAUCUGAAGUCUUCUUUUGAUCAAAAUGACUUUGCUAUGGAUGAUUCUUGUUGCAUUGGGUUUGAUCUGUGGGAAGAGAUUGAGGUGCAACCUAAGCCUGAAACAAUCAAGGUCAAGGACUGUCCUAUUUACGAGCAACUAUGCACUAUUUUUGCGGAUUCGGGGGCUGACGGGAAAUAUGCCCAAUCAAGCCACUAUGAAGAGUUGAACAAUUGCAUUGGAAUGACUUCUGUAGGGUUAAUUCCAUGUCCAGAAAGUGGAAAUUCACAUCCUAAAACUCUGUCAUCAAGAUUUGUGCAAGAAAAUGCUUCUCCAUCAAAAAACAUAAGCAAGAAUACAGCAGAGAGAAAAAGAAAGUGCCCGCCAGAGACAGGCCCUAGUUCAGGUCAAAGCAGGAGAGACCAAGAAAUAAAUGAUGCUAUGUCAGAAGCCAUGUUAGAGAUGGUUGCUGCUUCAAGGUUGCGGGCAGUCACAAUGCCACAGAGUGAUGAAAGAUUCACAAUAACUAAUUGCAUUAGGGCAUUGGAUGAGAUAGAAGGCAUUGAUGACCGUAUCUAUUAUGCUGCUUUGGACCUCUUUGAGGACCCUAAUCUGAGGGAGACGUUCCUUUCCCUUAAGGACAACAAUAUACGGUUGACAUGGUUACAGGGAAAUUGUAGCUGUGCCGCCUCAUAAUUUAGGGGAAUGACAUCUUCUUUAUGUUUUCUUAUCUAGUUUAGAAAUCAUUCUUUACCUGCAUAAUUUUUGUUCUAGUAGAUCAGAUCGUAGUAUGACUCUAAUACUCAUGUAUAAAAUGUUUUGCUUAGCCAGAAGGAUUAUGUGUUUUUAGUAAAGGUAAGAUGAAGUAGCACAGAGUGGGAGGGUGCCCUCAUGUAUCUGUAGGUAUUACACUGAAGGUACUGAUUGCUGUAAAUCAAAUCCGUGACCAUGAAGAAAUUAGGUCUUAUUCUUUUUUUUAUGGUUACGAAGACACGGAUUCGUGUGUGUCCAUU